AUGGCAUCAAAGAAAGUACCUUUAUAUACUAUUGAGGAAGUAGUACCGAAACAACAACAGGGUGCUGAUAAGUUGGAGAAAUAUCUCUCUGGUAUAUGGGGAACAGUAAAGGAGAAUGGAAAGUUGGUGCAAUUGACAAGAUCAUCCGUACAGAAAUUGAUGGCACAACAACUGGUGUCACUCAAUGGCAAUGUAAUCAAAGAGAAGACAUGUAAAGUACGUGCCAACGAUGUUAUUGUGCUUCGUCUCUACUCGUUGGACAUCUUUAAGCAGCAGGAGAAUGACACCGACAGAAAAGCACAACAAGAUCUCAAGAAACAACAUAUCGCCGUUCCAACGUCGUCGUCGUCGUCCUCAUCCGCCAAGAAACAGGGAGCUUCCAACUCUGAAUCAUCGUCAUCGUCGUUAUCACCGUUUUCCAGUGACGAUAUCGAUUUGGUACCGAAUCGCGAUAUACCAAUCGAUGUCAUCUAUGAGGAUGAAUGGUUGGCGGUGGUCAAUAAGCCGGCAGGACUACUGGUGCAUCCAACACCACAGAGAGGAGGUGACGAUAGUAACAGUGAGAAUCAAACACAUACUCUUGUCAAUGGAUUGCUCCACAAGUAUGGAGCGAAAGGAUUGUCGACAAUGGGUGGACUUGAACGUCCGGGUAUCGUACACAGACUGGACAAAGAUACCGCUGGUAUUCUUGUGAUUGCCAAGACCGACGCUAUUCACCAGCAACUUAAAGACAUGCUACAGGAGCACACCGAAGAUUCAAUCUCCGAAACAAAGAAGAGCAGUAGCGGUGGUGGUUCGACAAAGAUUCAAAAGAAGUAUAGAUGUCUUGUUGCCGGUAAACCAAAGGAGCAGAGAGGUUUGAUAAAGAGAGCGAUUGCCAGACAUCCAAACGAUAUGAAUAAGAUGAUCAUUGACGAAGAGAAAGGAAAACCAUCGCUCACUGAAUACACCGUUGUCAAAGCAUGGAAUAGUGUAGAGGUUGAAGUGAGCGAGAAGAAGUUUAACAAGGUUGAUAAUGAUGAUACGACAACUACAACAACAGACAAUAGCAAAAACAAUAUUAAUGUAUUAGAGGAAUAUGAUACAAUUGUAAAUAGCAAUAAGAAAAACAAAUCAAGUAAACAACAACAAAAACAAUCAAAACAACAAAGAGGUGGAUUUGGAUCAUUAACAAUUGAUGAUGAUGAUGAAGAUGAAGUUAAACCAACAUUAAAAGUAGAAAGUGAUAAUGAAGAAGAUAAUGAAAGUAGUGAAGAAGAAGAAGAAGAAGAAGAAGAAGUAGAACAAACAAACAAAGCAAAGCAAUCAAAAUCAACAUCAUCUUCACAAAAGAAACAAGAAGAUUUUCAAAUUAAAAAGAAAAAGAUUGCUAGUAGUUCAUAUGCUUUAUUAGAUAUAACUUUACACACUGGUAGAACUCAUCAAAUUCGUGUACAUUCAUUAUCUGAAGGUAUGCCAAUUGUUGGUGACCCAAUCUACUCUGGUAAAUCUACACAGUUCAUGGUACCGUAUCUGUUGUUGGCAUCUGUUUAUCUUUGUUUUGUGCAUCCAGUGACCAAGGAGAAGAAGGAAUUCACUAUUCCAAACCCACCACAUUUCCAACAGUUCAUUGAGCUUCUCGACCAAGCCGAGAAACAAAAGAAAAACCAACAGAUCCAAUUCCUCGAGGAGUUGGGUGAUGAUUUAGAACUACUAAAACAAACAAAGGCUCACAAGAUAACAUCGUCUUCAUCCACCAAGAAACAAAUGAAACAAAGACAAUAUCAAGGUAUCACCGACUCUGACCAACUUUUAGAUUUACAAUUAUUAUCUUCAAUGAACAAGUCAUCGUCUAGUAAACAAAAGAAAUAA